CUGCCAGUCAUUGGUUGUCGGUUUCUUUGCAAUUGUCGGAUAACGCGCGCGCUGCUGCUGCUGCUGCUUAGCGGUCGUAUUGUUGUUGGAAGCGAUGUCAGCCAUUCACGUCUAACUGGCUAAAUUGUUGGCGUUCUUUCGAAAAUUGCUGCAAAUCGUUUUUUCAGUCUGAUUUAAGGCAUCGAACGCAACGAUCUUUUGAAAAUUGGGAGAACUAAAUUAGCAAAAAUACAAAAAUAAGGAAAAAAAAAACAUUUAAAAACAAACAACAACAAAAAAAGACGUGGUAAAAAUCGCGCGGCGGCUAUUAAACAACGUAAACGUUACGAGGUUUUGCAAUAAUAUCUAGUGCGGCAAAAUGACGACGUUUACGAGACGUCACUGGUUCUUUCUUGUCCUACUUGGCUUUUUGGCCACUCACACACAAGCCAACCCAAUAAAGCCCCGCAAUGAUGUGGCCACGGAAUUCAUAAUUUUACAUAAUAAUGAUAUGCAUGCUCGCUUUGAACAGACCAGUGUGGACAGUGGAAAAUGCACUGACGAAAUGGCCAAUACUAAUAAGUGCUAUGGUGGUUUCGCUCGAGUAGCUCAUGAGGUUCGCAAAUAUCGUGAACAGGCCAAAAAUGGUGGCACCCCCGUCUUGUACCUGAAUGCCGGUGAUACUUAUACUGGCACAGCAUGGUUUUAUAUUUUCAAGGAUAAUAUUACCGCGGCCUUCCUUAACAAACUUCAACCUGAUGCCAUUUCUCUGGGUAAUCACGAGUUCGAUGAAGAUGUUGAAGGUUUAAUUCCAUUCCUAGACAAAGCUGAAUUCCCUGUAUUAGCUGCCAAUUUGGAUCUUUCCAAUCAACCCGGAUUGAAAGCAACAAAAAGUCUUCACAACUCUACCGUCUUGGAGGUAAAAGGAGUAAAAAUUGGUGUUAUUGGUUAUAUUACACCGGAAACUCAAAAUCUAACAAGGGCCAAGGAUGUAAGAUUUUUGGAUGAAGUUGAGUCUAUAAACAAAGAAUCUGCCCGCAUGAAAGCUGAAGGCAUCAACAUCAUUAUUGCCCUGGGCCAUUCGGGUUAUAUGCGCGAUCAGGAGAUAGCUGCUCAUUGUAAAGAUGUUGACUUGGUUAUAGGUGGUCAUACCAAUACUUUCCUAUACAAUGGUGCUCAACCUGAUGCCGAGCGUAUUGAUGGCCCCUAUCCCACUGUUGUGAAUCAGACAAAUGGCAAACAGGUGCCGGUGGUACAGGCUUAUGCCUAUACCAAAUAUUUGGGCAAAUUACAUGUGCAGUUCGAUAAAGAUGGCAAUCUUAUUGAGUUUGAUGGUACUCCCAUUUUAUUGAAUGCCGAAGUGCCCCGUGAAAGUGAUGUUUUGGAAUUGCUUGAAGUAUAUCGUCCAAAUGUCACUGCUUUGGAAGGUGAUAUUGUGGGACACACCAAGGUGCAUUUGGAGGGCCGAGCUGAGAUCUGUCGUGCCCAGGAGUGUAAUCUUGGCAAUUUGAUAGCUGAUUCUAUGAUUCAUGCUCGAGUUUUGGAAGACUUGGGUGGCACCUAUUGGACCGAUGCUGCUGUGGCUUUUAUACAGGGAGGAGGUAUUCGUAAUUCCAUAGAAAAACGUUCGGAUGGCACUAUUCUGGCCGCCGAUGCUGUUGGAGUUCUACCUUUUGGCAAUGAUCUGUAUGUGACCAAAAUCAGUGGUAAAACAAUGUUAGAAGCUCUCGAACAUUCUGCCACUAUGCACGAAAGAGAUUCAAGUGGUGGUUUCCUUCAAAUGUCUGGUGUUCAUACAACCUAUGAUUAUAACAAGCCUGUUGGCAGCAGAGUCAUUUCAGCCGAAGUUCUGUGUGCCGCCUGCAAUGUGCCCUCCUAUGAGCCACUAGACGAAGCCAAAAUGUAUAAUGUCAUUGUACCCUUUUUCCUUUUGGAUGGUGGAGAUGGUCAUAAAUUCCGUGAAGAUAAUGGUCCUGAACCCCAACGUCUCACCAAAACCGAUUCCGAAGCAUUUGUGGACUUUUUGAGAAGACGUGAUUUUGUUUAUCCUGAGAUUGAAGGAAGAAUCAACAUUGAGGAAAUCGAUGAAGAGGGCAGUGGUGAAGGCAAUGGUGAUGAUGAAGAUGAUGGAGCUUUCGCCGUAGCCAGCUCUGGUUUGCUGAUUGCCUUAUCCCUACUUUGUCUACGCUUUACCUAUUAAUUUAGUUUCCAACCUCCCGCUUUUCUUCAUCUAUGCCUUUAAGUUUGCCAAAGAAAAUGAAACAGAAAGAGAAAAACUCAGGAAAUGUUGUAUUUGUUAUAUUCUAAAGUUUGUUUAUUGUAAAUUCCAAUAAAAUUAACAAAACAAAAAAAAAACGUAAAAAGAGA